AUUUUUCAACUUGAUAAUCAAAAUUGAAGAGACUUGAAUUUGAACUCUUCAAGAAGGACCAAAUUUCAUGUAAGACACAAUCCCAGUUGUCAAAGGGGUAGAGAGUACAAGUGGUAGACAAAGGUGACAACAUACAAGACUCACUAAUAUAUAAGCUCGCUUUCAUUUGUUGUAUAUACUUCAAACAGGCAGCCCUACCUCUAUCUCCAUCUUCCCAAAUUCUCCCAUCUUUUAACAUGAUGAAGAAGGGGUUAUUAGACAUGUCUGGAAGUUCUCUCGAAGAUCCUUCUUGUGAUUUAACUCUGAGCCUUGGUCCUGUGGAGGAUCCAAAUGUAUUAGAAAGUAGCAAUGAAUCAGAGGUAAGAUCCUAUGCUAGAUCGAGAAUGCCGAAACUCCGAUGGACAACUGGUCUUCAUCGCAGAUUUGUGAAUGCUGUUGAGCUAGCUGGUGGAGAAGAUCGAGCAACUCCAAAGAUGGUGCUAGAGUUGAUGGAUGUGAAGGGCCUCAACGUCAAUCAGGUUAAGAGUCACCUUCAGAUGUACAGAAGCGUGAAACAGCAGGAAGAGAUGAUGAAAGCUGAAGCAGAAGGUGGAAAUGGGAGUAAGAGGAUUAGAAUGGAAUAUGAUGCAGAUCAUCAAAUGUAUUAUCCCCGUGAAAAUUAUCUUCGUUACGACGAUAAUGGCAAACCCUUUUAUGAUGGACAUCCUAAUUAUACAGAGCCGACUAAUUCUCCAGACCUACUUCUCUACGCUCCUAAUUUCUCUCCUCCAUGGAAAUAUUUUCAAGAUGCGAAAAGGAAAAAUAUCAUGGCAUUGGAAGGAAGAUGCAAUCCAUUCCCCUCGUUCAAGGAUUUGUUCAAUGGUCUCAAUGUUCAAGAUGGAAAUGGGAAUAAGAUGGUACUAGAUGCUACUAGGUCUUUGGCAAACAAGAAUGUCCCCGAAAUUAUUGAAAUUUCAGAUGAUGAAGAAGAUUCCCAUAGCACUAUGUCCUUAGAGCAAUCUGGCACUAUGUCCGUUGAGCCAUCUCCCAGUUCAGAUAUCUCUGUUGAGCUCAGGCUUGGCUAAAGUCCUUUGGUCUCUUCUUAUCCCUACAGGAAAAAGAAGAAAAAUGGCUUUUUUAAUCCUUACUCUAUGACUGCUUUUUUGUGUGCUUGUGUUUGUGUGUUAAUCCAAGGAAGUAAACUUUAGCUUCUUUUUAUUUUGUUCAAGCUAACCGAGCUACUUGCUGGCUAGGUUAAUUAGAACUUUGUAACUUUAUUUCAGUUUUGUAAUCCUCCUGAGACUGGCUAAGGGGCACUAGUAGUGAAUAAGUUCAUAAUGUACUGCUUUAGUUUCAAAUUUAUGAUGUUGUGGAAAUGUGUGUGACCUCUCCUUUUAUGUUAUUAAUUAGUAUAAUAGAUAAACUUUUAUGUUUUUAAUUA